GCCUGAAUAUGGCUGUAGAAUGAAGUACAGGACAUUUUAUUUCGGGGGGGUAGAAAUACAAAAACUUGUGUGGAUUUAUUUUCUUUAGUUUUCAGACCUUUGUGUACUAUAUGUUGAGCGACUGCACUCCAGUGUAGCCAUAUAGACCAGAAAGUACCAGUUCCUCAAGCUUCAAUGAACUUGGAAAAGGUAAAGAAGGGAUAGUGGUAUCUCUGGUACUGUCCCCCAGCACAGCUCCGCACUUUCAGGAAAGAAGGGAAGAAAAUUGAGAGGAAACUAUAUUGUGAUGGGUGAAGAUGGAACAAACAUGACUGCCAGCAACUUGCGUUUCUGCUACAAUGGAGAGAAAGGAUCGUCAUGCUCGGCGAAAUGAUCUGCAGUGGUCAGAAAGAAGCAAAACUCACGGGUAUGUGAAGGAGGAGCAGCGAUUGUCCUAUCACAGCCAUUCCCAGUUUGAUCAGAUAAGACAACCAGUUGCCAAUCCUCCCUGUGAUGAUAAAACGACUGAUUUUCCAUACUCAUGUGAUGCCCGGUGCGAUGGUGUUGACUCGAGUCGGUAUAUUUCUGAACGCAUCCUUCCUUCUCGUGGUAAUACGACCUGGCAAAGGACGAGUCAUGAACCAGUAAGAAAAACUGAUACAGGGAACUGUACGCCAGUGACCUUGUCAGAUUGGACUCUUGGUGAUGUAAACUGUUUCGAUCACAAAGGAUCAUCUUCAGAUCAACUUUUAAAUGAAAAGUUGAAGACGCUGGACAUGGAAGGGUUGCGCUUCCCCUGUGGACAUCUGGAUUUUACAGGGCAGAUGCCAUCUCUUUAUUGUUCUGGCAUAUCAGGUGAUGGGUGUAAUCUUCAAAAUCGAGACACAGAGUUGGCCAGUAGUGAGAAGUCAUACACACUUCCUGAUGGUGUAACUGAUCGUGAAGGUGUGACUGAGAAGGAUUCACGAGAGAAUGGGUGUCUGUCCUCCAUCCACCAGGGGGAGAAUUCUGUGUGUACUCAUGUGUUUUUGGAAGGAUGCUUUCAACCAGGCAGCUAUGGAGACCACAACUUCCCCUUCAGGACAGAUGACAAUCUGUCUUUCCUUGACAACUUGGAUUGUAUACGUUCUGCCAAUGCUUCUCAAGAAGAUGGAAUGGAUGAAUGUGAUGAAUUCAAUGAAGAUGAAGGAAUGGAUGAAAACCCAGUAAAAAUGACGGAAGAAAUCAGCUAUCCUAUGAAGUUCACCAGCAGGAAAAGCAGCAAGCGCCAGAGAAACAAAUCAUCAAAAGAUAACUCCUCAAACACCUAUGAUAAGGAGGAUGCAAGGGAGCAUGUGAAGAAGAAUGGCAAGUCUUCAACUGCUAAUAAGCAGAGGCAUACAAAGGCUGAGAGGAAGCGACAGCACACUGACAAUCGGGACAGAUUAAAGAGCGGAGUGCAAAAACAAACUGAGGAAUUGCUUUGGAAAUGUGUAACCUAUGUGAAAAUUCUAAUGGAUGUCAUUCUUUUUGUGACCCACAAGUGUGGAGAGUAUGUGGAGACAGGGGGCAAACUUGUGUAUUCAUGUUGCCAGAUACAAAAGGAAGAUUUUAACUCCCUAAAGGGCAGUGCAAGGACCUCAUGCAUGUGGUUACUUAAGCAAGCAAAAUCGGGGUCAGAGAAGUUUAGAUGGUUUUGCUUUUCCUCGAUGAAGAUGACUAUAAAGUUUCUAAAAAUGCUGCUUGCCCUGCUUUUUCUCGUACUUAUGUUAUUUAUAGGAUGUUUACGACUCUGCUACAAAUAUGGAAAGUCUGGGGUUUCCAGGAUAUUUCAGAAGUUACCCAUAUGGGGCAAGGAAAGCUUUCCCCAUUUCUCAGCUGUUUUCUUUCUGCACAGCUUGUGCUCGUCUAUAGCAGAAUCUAGGACUUGGAAUUAUUUGAAAAGAUUGUGGGAAAAAUUGAAAAUGCGAUCCUGGCUUACUGGUAAAUGGCGGACUGCAGGCCAGUCUCCAGUUUCAUCUCCGUCCCCCCAGUCACCCAGUGCUAGUAGAUACCAGCCAGAUCACGAGGUGGACCGACUGCUGGCAAUGGCCGAUAUACCAGAGGAGGACCUGGAUCCUUUUAAAGUUCUGGGCGUGGAGGUAAUGGCCACUGAUGCCGAGCUGAAAAAGGCUUAUCGGCAGUUGGCCGUACUGGUUCAUCCUGACAAAAACCAACACCCACGAUCGGAGGAAGCCUUUAAGGUGGUGCGAGCGGCGUGGGAUAUUGUGAGCAAUCCUGAGAGAAGGAAGGAAUAUGAAAUCAAACGGGCUGCAGAGAGUGAGUUACAUCGGUCCAUGAACGAGUUUCUCACCAAGCUCCAGGAUGACCUAAAGGAAGCCAUGAACACUAUGAUGUGCAGUAAAUGUGAAGGAAAACACAAGAGAUUUGAAAUGGAUCGUGAACCAAAGGCAGCUCGAUACUGUGCAGAGUGUAACAAGAGACACCCUGUGGAGGAUGGGGACUUCUGGGCAGAAUCGAGCAUGCUAGGAUUGAAAAUCACUUACUUUGCCAUGAUGGAUGGCAAAGUUUAUGAUAUCACUGAAUGGGCUGGGUGUCAGAGGGUUGGAAUAUCUCCUGAUAUACAUCAUGUUCCUUACCAUAUAUCCUUUGCUACACGAACUUCUGGAAACAGUGGUCGACAUAGAUCUAGCUCCGAGAAUGGCCCAAAUCCUCCCACUGACCUCCAAGAUUUCUUCAGCAAGAUUUUCCAGGGUGCUGCGCCUCAAACGGCGAACGGGAGCUUCUUUGGCCCUCCACAGUCAGGGUCCAGCAGUCAGCCCAAAGCAGAGGCUGCACCAAGAACCGAAACAAAGCAAAAGCGGAGGAAGAAGGUGCGACGAACAUUCCCGCGCUGAGCCUUAAAGUGCAAAAACAAACCUCAGCGAUCACCUCAGUCAGUUUAAUGGCAACCUGACUGAGAAGGACAACCAUGAUUCUAGAGUAGAGCAAAGACAAAUAAAAGUCCUCUUUUAUUGAAUUGUAUGAAUAGAUUUGGACUGUACCUUGUUUUUAAUGUUUUAAUUUGAAUGUACAAUAGCAACUAAGAUGAUCUUAAGAGGACUUUACUUUUUAAGUUGAGUUAAACAGACAAAUUAAUUUCUGGUUUCAACAGGAAGAAUGGGACAUGACCCAGUUGGUGACUUUUUAAAUGCUCCUCAAAUGUUUUGGGUUUUUUUUGGGCUGUACCUUUCCCUGAGGUCUCAAGUCCUCCCAAUCAUUUUUAAUGGGAAAAAAAUUGUGAAAAUAGCGUAAAACAGUGUGUCUGGUGGCCUAAUUUGCACCAUAAGAUUGGUAUUUUAUUUUUAAAAAGAAAGCACUUUUUUUUACAAUAAAAGAAACCAGAAAUUAAUUUGAGUUAACGGUGUAAAAUUGAGCACAUUUGUGGUUUGGGAGAUCGGAUACAAUUUCUUUUUGUAACUUUAAAAAAAAUUAAAAAAUUUACUGGAAAAUUUACUGUGCUGCAGAAAUCAUAUACAAGGAGCCUUUGGUUAAUAACUUUAUCAUAAAAGAAAUUGAGUUGUGCUCCUUUUCAGCCCUUUGCUGUCUCUGUAGGCUAUCUGAAUGCCUUGUCGUCAUCCUCCUCUCUCUCUCCCCCACCCUUUGUACCCCAAUUUGCUUUAACAUAACUCCUCUAUGAAGAUGAUAUCAUGUUGCAUAAUAAUGGAACACAGUUAUCAGUAGCAAGAAUUAUAUAUUACAUGGCUGUCUGCAGAGAUCUUAAUAUGAUUGAACACUGAGUAUGAAGUGCCUUGCAACCCAAAUGAGGUACUCAAAGUUAUCACUGGAUUUAAUUCAGUCCAGGGAUAUAAAAGUAAUAUUUGCAUCAUCUGUUCAUAGCUCCAGGGGGUAGGAAUGGAAAGAGGAUACUUGAUAGAAAUUUGAUUCAGCACUGUAUACCUUCCUCAGUACUUGAAGAUUUAACCACCUUUCUCUGGGAAUCGAGCCAGAAAUUGUCCAAUUAAUAGAGUUAAAGGCUUAUUAUAUUGGGUAAAAGGUGCCCACUUAUAAUGUGACUCCCUACUGCUUAGCCAAAAAAAAUCUAUGACCUAUAUACAAGAUGGCCUAUCAGUUCCCAGACAGUAGGAAUUUGAUUUAAAUGCAUGUUUGCUGUUCUUUGCCCUGCACAGACAGGGACAGGAAGGGAUCUAGCAAGAGAGCACUGGCAAUCCAAGAGAGCAGAUGUGUGCUGCACAUAGUGAGCUACAGCCCUGUUCUCCACAAUAGUUCGCAUAUGUGAUGUCACAACCCUAACACCUAACAGUGAUCUAAAUUUCCUAGUUCUAUACAGUAUAGCUGAGAUGCUGGAUUACCUUGUGAUCAUUGAACAAUCUGGAGAACUAGGACAUCUGCAAUGUAGUCAGUUGAUUGUGUAUCUGAACAUCCUGAGUUUCAAAAGAUGGUCUCACAUCAGUGUUUCAACCAUUCUGUUCAAACUGCCAGAAACCCAGUUAACACGGUGUUAAAUUUGGACAGUUGUGCUUAUAGGAGGUGCAAGUUAGGAAAUCGUCAUGGUCAUAGUCAUGUGUCAUUUAUAACUUUGACCGGUGCAGUCUCAGUGCUGUGGGCAAAGCAGAAUCCAGGUUGGGGGAAGUAGCAUAGGAGGUGGGAGAGUAGCUGCAAGACAGCAUUGUGAGGACUUUGAAGAGGAAAGGUUUGAGAGAGGGUGCUGCUUGGAGGGGUUUAGGUCGUUGCUGAAUGGGAGAUGCAGUGAUGCUGGUAAGCAUGGGAGUAAAGAGGUGGAGUAGUUGGUAAGGAUCUGGAGUGAGAGGAUCUUGAGACAUCAGAGCAGUAGACUGUAGCCAAGGUGAGUAAAUACAAAAAACAGGUGAUUUGGUACAGUGGAGGUUAGGGAGGGGGUAGUUCAAGUUUAGGAAAUGUACAUGAACAAGUGCAUUGAGACAAUAAUUAAAUUCGAGUAUUAUCAGAUUUCUUGCACAGCACUCUGAUUCUGAACUAAAAGUUACAACCGAAACAAAUGCUGGUACAAAAAUAAAUCUAUUCAAACAUCAGGAACACUGAUAAUGACACCAUGCUUAGAAAAAAUACUUAAUUUUUUUAAAAGGCAUUUUUAUUUUACUUUUUGAACCUGCCCAAACUUCAACUUUAUACAGUUAUAAUCUUUUACUUUUUUUCCUUUUGCCUCGCUCUACUGCCCAUUUUGGAGGUGAAAGCAACUUUCUUUGGCCUGUAAACUGGUUACAAAGGUGUCUUAAAAGCCCAUGUUGUGUAGACUGAAGUCACGUAAAGUGAAAAUUGCACACAGCUUAAAAGUGCUUCCUGAUGAUAAGUAAAAUCAGUAGCGCCCACCCCACACCUUGACGGUGUCUGUACAAAUAAACCCUUCCAUGAUAUGCCAAGAAUUAAAAUGGUGUGUAUAUGACAAUUGCACUUUUCACAGCAGUGAUGUCAGUUUUGGCAAAGAAUCAAAAAAAGCAAUUAUAAUGGAAAAGUUUCAUGUUAACUCUCUUGCUCUCCACAAAUGCUGCGUGACAUGCUGUUUUGCAGCAUUUCUGUUUUUCACAUUUUUCAUUUUAUGAUGUCUUCAAUCACUCCUUUUGUUUCUAAUCCUGAAAUUUUUGACAGUAGGUUGCCCCUUUUAGAUGAAUUAAGAUACUUAAGGUUGAACAAGUAACUUAAAAAUUGUUGGCUUUUAUGACCAGAGUGUUUGAUGUAGAAGUUUGUAAGCUGUUAUUCACAAAGUUCUGCUGACCAUCACUGUGAGCAUUGUUGAAGUUAGAGCUAAUUUUGAGGUGACGAGCAGCAAAUUUACAGCUAUUAUUUGAUAGGUUCACCUAUCAGACCUUCAUUCAUUUGAUUUGAAAAGGCUUGUAGAUCCCGACACAAUCUCUUGUUGGCCAGAACCUUUUCAGGAGUGAAAAUAAAAUGCAGAUUGCAUUG